ACGAAAAAAGAUAAUUGCUAUGGAGUAGUCUUUAAAUGAUCGUCAAAACACUUGCCCAGUAUAUUCUUUUUUGGUUAGAUUUUACUAGACAAAUUAGGAAAAUAAAACUUCGAAAAAUUGGUAUUCUUAUAUUCAUAUAUUAUUUAUUUAUUAUUAUAGAUUAUAUAGAUAAUUGUGAUUAUGGAUUCGUCUUAAUCUUAAUCCUACUCGAUUUGAUUUUUACCGAAUUUGCACCUUAUAAAUAAUUUUUCCAAAAAAAAAAAAAUUGAUAAAAAUUUACAUCAUAAAUAAAAGAAACGAUUGCCUCAUUUUUACUCAUAAAAUAUAUUAAUAAAUUAUUGUUUAUUCAUGAAAAUAGUUUUUGUUAUAUAAUAUUAUGUAAAAAAAAUUAUUUAAUAAUUAAUAAUUGAA